AUGAGUUACGGUAAAGAAAAGAAGACAUAUAAUGAUGUCGAGUUACCCACAAAUCCAAACUUACCACCUUGGGUGAUAACCCCUAAAGAAGAGAAAGCUAUAUUUGAAAGAUGGAGAAAGAAAGCAUUUGCUAAAUGUGAUCAUUUGAUUAAAGCAUAUAUUGAAUGUAGUAAUAGUUCUUUGAAUCCUAUUGAAUCCAUGAAACGAUGUGAUGAUAUUAAUAAACGAUCCUUAGAAUGUGUUGCCCAAUUUCAAAAGCAGAAAUAUUUGGAUAUAGAGAGAGAUAUAUUAAUCGAAGAAAAGAAAGAAAAGAGGUUGAAAUAUUUAUUGAAGCAAAAGGAGGAAAGAGAUAAACAGGAAGCAGCCAAUAAGUGA